AUGCGUGGGUAUUUUCGUCAAGUAAUAAUUUAUUCCGCACCAUCCUCGAGCGCCGGCCACCGGCGAGGCGGCGCGAGCAGCGGCCGGUCCAGCCGCCGCUCCAGGUACGAGGCCCCGCUCCCGGAUCAGCCAUUCCCCGCCCCGGCGGCGCUCCCCCGCCUCCGCCCGCCCACCCCAGCACCACACCCCCUCUCACUUUGUUUUAUCAUGCCGUGUGGAGGUUGCAGAGGUGAAAGGGAAGCAGAAGAGGGUGCUGUUCGAUUCGACCAGGCCGCGCGCACGACAAGCUGCUCGCGGAGGUGCCCAAGCACAAGCACAAGAGGGUGCAGAUCCGCGAUGACAGAUAUGACAAGGAGCAAGAAAGUCUCAGAUGGAUUGAUUGCUGGUUCGUCAAGCGGUAAAAGAAUAAAGGCCUCACCCUGCCAGCAAGAUUGUGUUCCGGGUGCAUCAACUUAUGCAAAUGGUCAGGCAAACGCAGAGGCCUCACCCUGCCAACAAGGUGGUACUGCUCAAACAGAGGAGUGUUCAGAGCCAAAUCUUCCAGAGGACAUCUGGCAUCAUAUACACUCCUUAAUGCCAUUGAAAGAUGCUGCCAGAGCCGCCUGCCUGUCGCGGUCCUUUCUGUCUUCCUGGAGAUGCCAUUUGAUCCUCAUUUUGAACUGGGAAGCAUUUGGGUUGGACGUAUAUGCGGAUUACAAGGAAACAGCUAGAGCUUUUAGAAACAAAAUUGACCACAUUCUGGAAAACCACUCGGGCACUGGCGUGAGAAUACUGAAACUUCGGUUUGUUCCAAAUGACAAAGCGAAGGACCGUGAUUAUAUCGACAAAUGGCUUCAUAAGGCUGUUAAACCAGGAAUUGAAGAACUCACCCUUACUAUUAUGGCUAUGAGCAACAAACGCAAAUACGAGUUCCCGUGCACACUUAUAUCAAAUGGGCUGGGAAACUCGCUCCGGUGUCUUUACCUUUCCGAUUGUUCCUUUCAUCCUAUGGCUGGGCACUGUGGCUUGAGUAGCCUGACAAAACUAGAGCUGUUAAGGGUGGGUAUUACAGGGGACGAGCUAAGCUGCCUUGUUUCCAGUUCUGCAGCUUUAGAGCAGGUUUUACUCAGGGAUUGCAGUAAGGUAGACUGCUUGAGGAUACCUUGCCAUCUUGAGCGGUUAAGCCACUUGAAGGUGUUACGUUGCAGCGAGCUGCGGUUGAUAGAGAGCAGAGCUCCAAAUCUCUCCAGUUUUCAGUUUAAAGGUAACCUCAAAGUUCGAGUCUCACUCGGAGAAGCAUUGCAAGUGAAGAACUUACUAGUGAACAGCACCGAAUUGAUCUGUUACACUCGAGCAGAGCUGGUGUCCAGCACGCCAAGCAGGGAGAUGGUCUCACCAACGUUACCUAUUAAACUUGCUGGCCUGAAUUCUCUGAGUAUCUAUCUUGAAGAUUUGCUCUUUGGUCGGAUCUUUGAUUGUUCUUCUCUGGCUUCUAUCUUUGGUGCUUCUCUUUCAUUGGAGACUUUCAUCUCGCAUGUAAGUUGCUCAGUGUCCUGCAAAUAUGUUGGUACUUAG